CACUUGUUGUUUAUUCAGUAACGAAGAAGAACGAGCUAAAGGCGGCCCCUUAGCAGUGCUACACAUUUAGCUAUUUUGUAAACAUAUUUUUUUCCCAGCGAAAUCGAAACUUUGCUCUUUCCUUCUCGGAUGUUGCUGGAAUUGAGGAUUGUUUUUCUGAUACCUCCAUUCAAACACUGACACCCAACGAGAAGAGUGCGUAGUCAUGUCUGGAUUGGAUCCGCUUGACAGAAAGAGUCGUUGGCAGCAGAUUCAGAAAGGACUACAGUUUAUCCAAUCAACACUACCCUAUCCUGGAAGUCAAGAUCAUUAUGAAGUGUUCAUUAAAGAUCUUGUUCAGAAUCUUUUCGGAGAAGGCAACGAUGUGUUUAAAGAAGGCGACUGGACGAAAGCAAUCGAGAUGUACACAGAAGCUUUGGAUGUAGCCGCUUAUGCCGAGUCGGAGGCAGUCACCGUGACAACGGGUUUAUUGGAGAAGCUUUAUGCAAAUCGAGCCGCCGCGUGCCUAAACAUGAAUCCGGGAUUGUACGAUCUGGCGCUGGAAGACUGUGAAAAGGCCCUGCAACUGAAUGAGGGCAACUAUAAAGCGCUGUACAGAAAGGCCAAGUCGCUAAAGGAGAUGGGGAGGCAUCAAGAGGCCUACGACGCAGUGGCCAAAUGCUCGCUAGCUGUGCCUCAGGAUCCCAGUGUUACACUACUGACUCAGGACCUCGCCAAAAUGUUAGGACUGAAAAUUCGUAAAGCGUACGUCAGGACAAAGCCGGCCUUGAAUGUAUUGCGGGGAUCGAGUCAUCAGGAUGCCGCUUGUGACCAGGUGUCCCACAACUCUUCAGUUGAAGAAAUAGAAAUUGAAGUACCGGAAUUGUUACCAGUCAGCAGCAGUGUUGCGGUGGCCGCACCGGUCCACGCUCCGCUGCUAAACGGCAGCACAACGGCAGAUGAGCUCCGGCUCCCCAGCGGCAUCCCAUCGAAGACGGUGUCAGAGCCUCCGGGCUUUGAGUCGUUAUCCCUUCCCGUGUCUUCGGCCUCGUCCGCGCCCCUCGCCGUAAACAUCUUCAUGAACGGCUCUCAGACAAAUCCGCUUCAUACGCUACUGGAGACCAGCCGAGACUUAGAGCAGGACAUCAUCGGUAACGACCUUGACGACCUGCUGGACCAGGCGGGCCCGGAGAUGUCUAUGGGCAUGGCCACGAUGAAGCGCCCUCUUCCUUUGCCAGCCAGCAUGCCCUCGGCCAACUCCAUGUCAAAUCCUUCUUUCCUUAUGCCGCCUCAUAUGAACCCUUUCCUAGCCAGCGCUCAGCAAUGCACUGUCAAUCUUCCGCCGCUUUACCACCAAUUAGGUUCCAGCACCUAUUUUGGGAUGGACACUUUUAGGACUUUGCCGCAGCCCCUUAACACACUGGAUAGCCUUUCCUUAUCGGAACUUAAAACAGAUUAUUCUUCAAAUACCUUCAUGCCACAGAUGAGCAACAGCGAAGCUCCGACGGGAAUGGCUGUGGGCAUGCCCGAGGUGAAGGGCGCUUCAGUCGGCCUUACCAAGAACCCGUUAGCCGAAACUCACGAGUUCAAACAGGCGUGUUCCCUCUGCUACAUCAGAACAGGAAGCGGCGUGUUGGAUUACACCCUCCAUACCGACGAGCACAAAUGUAAAAAGGACGUUCUACUGGGCAGACUCAAACAUUCCCUUGAUAAAAAAUGGAAGCUCAUUCGGCCCAGACCGACCAAAACGCAAUACGUCGGACCUUAUUACAUUUGCAAAGAGGUUGCUGCCGGAACCGAUUGUGUCUAUCCGGGUCACUGCACGUUUGCGUACUGUCAGGAGGAAAUUGAUGUUUGGACGCUGGAGCGGAUAGGCCUUAUAUCCCGGGAAAAUCUCUUCGACCCUUUCGGGCCCAGCUCCAGCAUGAUGCUGACCGUGGCCAAGAUUUUACAAGAACACCCUGAAAUAUUUGUCUUUUUGUGCGGAGUGUGUUUUGAUCACAAACCUCGAAUCAUCAGCAAAACCAGCAGAGAUAACCCGACGCUUUGCUCCCACCCAGUAACCAAGCACGACUUUGAGAAACACAAGUGCCUGGUGCACAUCUUGAAGGACAGCACAGUGCGAUAUUCCAAAAUCCGAAUGCUGAAUCCCCUCGGCCAGCUCGACCUGUGUCGACACGAAGUGCGCUACGGCUGCGUGAGGGAGGACGAGUGCUUCUACGCUCACAGCCUCAUCGAGCUCAAGGUUUGGAUGCUGCAGCACCAACGACGCAUCAGUCAUGAAAGUAUUGUUGAAGAGGCCACCGCGUUUUGGAACACCAAUAUUGCACGGCAGGGCGGACGGUUUUCAGGACAAAAAAGGUUCGGGCCUCAAAAUUUGAAGAUGAUGUUUGUUUGUAGCCAGUGUUGGAGAAACGGGCAACUAAGCGAAGCGGACAAGAAUAAAAAAUAUUGCUCAGCCAAGGCGAGGCACACAUGGGCCAAAGACAAACGUGUGGUGCUUAUAAGCUCCAUUGAAAGAAAAAAAUGGACCACGGUUCGAGCCCUUCCCACCAAAAAGCCAAUUCCGGCUCAGUUUGAGAUUUGCAUGCAUGUGGCAUCCGGCAAGAAGUGUCAAUAUGUGGGCAAUUGCACGUUCGCUCACAGCACGGAGGAGCGAGAUCUUUGGACCUUCAUGAAGGAAAACAACAUCGCAGAUGCCGAUCAGCUUUACGACAAGUGGCUUCAAUCUCAGAAGGCCGACUGGGCCGAGGAGACCGCCAACGUCUCUGUGAGGGAGAACGGCAAGCCCAUCCAAAUGCCCACAGAUUAUAUGGAAGAAGUGGCCGGCAACCAUUGCUGGCUGUGCGGUAAGAACUGCAACAGCGAGAAGCAGUGGCAGCAGCACAUCACCUCGGAAAAACACAAAGAGCGAGUCUUCACCUCAGAGGACGACCACAACUGCUGGCAGUACCGAUUUCCCACCGGGACUUUCAAAGUCUGCGAGAGGUUCAAUAUCGGGACGUGCACAGAGGACGACGCGUGCAAGCUAGCCCACGGCGAGCAGGAGCUGCGGGAGUGGAUGGAGCGGCGGGAAGUGCUUUUGAUGAAAUUGGCCAAAGCUAGAAAAGAUCACCUUAUAGCACCCAAUGACAAUGAUUUUGGCAAAUAUAGUUUUCUUCUUAAGGACAUCAAGUAAAUGGCAUGAAGAUCACGUGAAAAGAAGCUGUAUACUCCCAACUCGAGGCGAUCUCUAAGGUGUCCAGGAAGUCAGCCCGGAUGGAUCGCGGCAUUAUUUUCAAGCGGCGUCGGACCGGUUUGAAGACUAUCGCCAAUCGAACAAAUGAAAGCGUUAAUCGAGUUUUGCUAUGCACCGCUCAUGUGAAGAGGGGGAUGUUAGUAGCACGCCGUAAAGCCUUUCUUUUUUGACACUUUAACACACAGGUUUGACAGUUUAUUUUAAAUAAUUGGCAUUCAAAGGUCACAGAUAUCUCUGAAGGUUUCCACUAUGAAUACACCAAAUAAAGCUCCUUUUGAUUUUUUUAAGGACAUUUUA